AUGCCUUUCCUUCUCAAUCCAGCCUCGCUUGUCGACCAGCCUAGUCUUGGCUAUUCACAUCUUGUUCUGCCCGACUCUGUGUCGCCCUCGACCAUACUAACCCAGAACUCCACCAACCUCACCAUACCUCAGAUCUUUGUUGUCAAUCCCUCCAGCGACAACAUCUUCCGCCAUGUCGACCCUCAAAGCGCGCAUGCAGCCAUCAUCGGCCUCAUCUACUUUUCCAUGUGGAUGGGCGCACUCGGCUGGGACAUCGUUUCUACCAUCUCGUUUGAUGUCCGUCUCAUCAAGGAGACCACCUGGUCCAGCAGCUUUUCUUGCAUCUAUUCAAUAUCUUACCUUCUCUCACGCUACAUUAGUCUAUCAUGGCUGGUCACCGCCGUCACCAACAGCGUCAUAAUGACUGACCGUUGCGACGCAUGGAUGAAGGGUAGCACCGCUUUGUUCAGCAUCGCCAUCAGCGCAACCAUGCUCGUCUUUUGCCUCCGUGCCUGCUCCAUCUGGCACAUGCACCAAAAGGUCGUCUCUCUCGUCGUCUCUGCCUGGUUCUUGGUUGUUGCCUUUGCCGUCCUUCUUCCCGUGAUGAGUCGUGGAACACAGCUCCCCACGUCCAACUUUUGCGCGUGGCAUUUCAACGGCCUCUACGUCGUCGGUGUCUUUGGGGCGCUUCUGACAUUCGAUCUGCUAUGCCUCAUCGUGACCGUCUGCAAGCUCAAUAAGGCCGGCUGGCGUGGCCUUCUUCACGGACUCUUUCCUUCCAGCCGACACAACCUGGACUCGGAAGAUGUCAAGACAAUGCUCGUCCAAAAGACCACCGCCUUCUUUGCUAUCCAGUUCCUCUUCCUCAUCUCAGCGCUCCUCGUCUACGUCUUGACCGACACAUACGCCUACCGCAUGAUGAACAUCGUCGCCAGCGUCGCCGUCGCCAGCUCCAUGGCAGGCCGCAUCUUUAGACGCGCAUGGCGACAGACGCGCGAGCUCGCUCCUCACAACAUCAACAGACCUCCUUCCUACUUUCCAGCCUGGGCAGAGGAGCAUCGCGAUGCAGCCGUCAGCCGUGCCGACCUCCACUCCGUUUACACUUCGGGCAAUGACACAGGCGAUGGCGGUCGCAUCGAGAGCGCCGCAGCCAAACUGGCGCGCAUGCAUCGAAACAAGGACAAGCACGACUCGCUGGCAUUCUACGUCGAGGGAGAGUAUCGACCACAGCUCAAGGCUCGCACGCUGUCGGACCAGUCCUUGCGAUCUAAUCCCAGAACACCAACUUCGGUCGGCCCUACGCAGCAGAUGCGCGAGAUGGAAGCAGGCCAGGCCGGCUUGGACGCUGCAACGGACACUGUCAGUAUCUCACCCAGCACCAUCGUCAUCGCUCGCGACAACCUCACCGUUCCCAGCCAGCGCGGAUCUACACCUCUGCGACGCGACUCUCGAGCUUCCCAGAGCGGGCCUGCUCCGGCGUAUUCGACGCGUCUAGGCUCGGCGGCAUCUUCUCGGCCACGAACGGGCGAGCAGCAAGGCCCCGCUGGGGCUUCAGUAGCACGCCCAAAUUCGGCCGGACAGAGUUCCUCCCGCGCUUCUUCCUUCUUGGCUGCAUCAAUCUCGGAAAGAGAAGCGGCUGCUCUUGCUCAACAGGACGAUCUUGACUCCGAUGAUGCCCGGUCUGUGGUUAUGGAGGAGAAGCGCCGCGCCUUUAUUGCGUCGCCGCCACUCUCUGCGGCUGGCCUCAAGCUCAACCGCAAGGAAGUGUACGACUUUGACAGUGUGAAGGCUGCAGCACAUCUCGGUACGGCCCAAGCACAUCUGCGCAAGUCAUCCUCGCGUCCAGCGACUGCAUCUCUGGUGCCACCGGCUGGCUCUGGGUUCGAAUCGGCUGGCAUUGCCUUUGGCCUGGCAUCCCCGGGACGUGUUCAAUUCGCUUCUGCAGCACAGCCAGACGCGAAUCUGCGGUGUGCAUCUGGUGGCAGCGCCGGCUCGUCAGAUGGCAAGCCGUUUGCGAUUUUGGAUGAGGGGCAGCUCGCACAGGACCAUCAACGCUCGCCGCGCCCCAAGACAGCACCCAACUGGCCUUCUCCCUCGUCAUCUGCGUCCGACUCAGGCGCCUCGCAGGUCACGCUGAGGCCUCGUGGCUUUGCCGCCCAGGCCGAACGGUUUGAUCUUGGGCUCCCGGCAUCUGCUGGUGCGUCAUCGGCGGUUGCGGCCGCUGAAGAUGCGUUGUUCGCUUUCCUGCAUACCGUAGAGCAGGAUUCGCGCGAUCGCGAUGCGUCUCAUCCGCAUGAACUGCAGACGCCCUUGGCAAAAACCUUGGUAGAUGCUGACUUGGCCACCGAUGAAGGACGCCCACGUACAUCCCGAGGCAACACGGCAUCUUCCCGCAAGAGCUCCGAUACGGUUGCAGAACCAGGGAGCGAUGUCAAGCAGCCCCUAGGUAACGACCCUGAUGUGCGUGGACGCCGGGCGUCCUCGCCUGCGCGACCUGGACCUGGCGUGUCAGCUCGCGACAAGAACAGCAGCCAGAGACGUGGAUCGUCGUCUACAGGUGUGAGGACGCGUGCCGGCAUCAGCGACGACAGUGGCAGUGGCAAUCGCCCCUCGACCGCCGUCGGAGAUGCUGUGAAGCCGUUUGGAUACGGCUCUUCCUCUCGCGGAGGUUCACAGGCAAACGUAUCGCGUGACGCCGCGUCUUGGAUCAGCGACGACGAAGAGGGCGAGGCGGAGGCCGAGCUUGGAUCGGUGAUUCAGAGGGAAUAUGCCAAGCUAGCAGCGCGCGCACAGCUGCCCCUCGAUUAA